AUGUUUCUAGUUGGAAGCCUCGUUGUCCUCUGUGGGCUACUGGCCCAGAGCUCGGCCCAGCUGGCAGGCCUGCCCUUGCCCUUGGGCCAGGGUCUGCCCUUGCCACUGAACCAGGGCCUGCCCACGUCUGUGGGUCACUGCCGGCCCUUGCACCUGGGCCAGAACCUGCCCACGUCUGUGGGUUACUGCCGGCCCUUGCACCUGGGCCAGAGCCUGCCCUACGGGGCGACCCCAGUCAUAUCCACAUAUCCUACAGACUAUCUUGCUAGAAACUUCAGAGAUGCUUUCAGCCAAGGCCUGCUGUCUGGGGGGAUUCUGGGCUUUCUGGAACACAUGCCUCUCCUGAGCUACGUGAGACCUGCAGGAAGCAAUGCUGGUGGGCUGGUCGGGGCGCUUGGAAAAGUGAUUUCAUCAAUCCCGAUCCUGAACAACAUCCUCGACAUAAGAGUCACUAAUCCCCAGCUGCUGGAAAUUGGUCUUGUGCAGAGCUAUGACUUCCACCGCCUCUAUGUCACCAUCCCUCUAGGUUUUGAACUCAAAGUGAACACACUCGUGGUUGGAAGUCUGUUGGAGCUGGCUGUGAAGCUGGAUGUCACCGCAGAAGUCUAUGCUGUGAGAGACAUUUAUGGGAGGAGCCGUCUGGUCAUUGGUGACUGCAUUCACUCUCCUGGCAGCUUGCGUAUCUCACUGCUUAACAAACUCAGUCCCCUUCAAAGCCUGAUAGACAGCCUCACAGACAUCUUGACUAAAGUCAUUCCUGGCCUGGUGCAGGGUGUGGUAUGUCCUCUGGUCAACGGGAUUCUCAGCCUCUUGGAUGUCACCCUGAUGCAUGAUGUUGCUGACUUGCUGCUGCAUGGAGUACAAUUUGUCAUUAAGGCCUAA